AUGGGAGUCCGAGGUUUGACCACAUAUGUUAACUCAAAUCAAGAUGCCUUUCUACAAUAUUAUUUGCUCCAUGAUACAAAUCUCGUCGUAGAUGGAAACAGUAUGUGUGCCCAACUAUAUCGAUCACUGAAUUAUUUUUCUGCUUUUGGCGGUGAUUACGACAAGUACGCUAUUUACGUCCGAAAUUUCCUUAGAAACUUCAGAAAAUGUAAUAUUACAGCGUUUGUCAUAUUUGACGGCAGCCAUGAAGCUAGGAAACUGAAAACAGUUUACAGUCGCCUAAGAUCCAAAAUAAACGGUGCUUCUCGAUUGGAUGCUGUAACCCAGGGGAGUCUCCAGAUCUUUCCAUUGCUCUUGAGAGACGUCUUCAAGCAAGUUCUCAUAGAGAUGAAUAUACCAUUUACAGUAUGUGAAUUUGAAGCAGAUGAUGAGAUUGCCACAAUGGCAAGGAACUUAAAAUGUCCUGUAUUAAGUUACGAUUCUGACUUUUUCAUAUACAAUGUUUUGUAUGUACCUUUCAAUACAUUAGAACGUAAAGCUAAGCCAUUUUAUGUUGAUGGUAUUAAAAUAUUGGCUAUGGAAUGCAAGAUCUAUACAGUGCAACAUCUGACUGAAAAUUUUGGUGGACUCAAAGAAGCGAUGUUGCCACUGUUGGCAACGUUAUUGGGCAAUGAUUAUGUUGAGAAAAAGGUAUUCAACAAAUUUUUUACACAGUUAAAACUACCAAAGAGUAAAAAGUGUAAAAACGAACAGCAGAGAUGCAUCAAUGGUAUUUUUAAAUGGUUGCAGAAUGAAACUUUAGAUACAGCAAUAUCAAAAAUAUUAGGCAGAGUUAAGAAAGCUCAUAAAGAUAAAGUUUUGGUUGUUAUCAAAAGGAGUAUCGAUGGUUAUAAUAGAAAACAUUGCAGAUCACUUAAAUAUUUUAAUAUCUGUAAUGACAAUGCUACAAAUGAGAGCAAAGAAUAUAAAUUGAUUGCUAAUAUUGACAAUGAUUCAUUUGAUGACACUGUUGAAGACUCUGCAAAUGAUGAUUCUUCAGAAGAUGAUACUGGUGACUCUUCUGUAGAGGAUGAGAUAGUUGAUGAUGAACGUAACCAACCUGAUUGGUAUGCUGAAGCAGUAAGGAAUAAUUUUAUACCGCAAUCACACUUGAAUCUUUUCACUCAUCAUUUAUACUUUUGUAAUCCUCAAGCAGAGGAUUACACUGAUGAAGAUUCCUUUUUAUGUGCCUUACCUAUAUUAAGGUACAUAUUUGAUAUUCUCACUGACUUCUCUUUUGAAUAUUGCACUUAUGUUUCUAGAGAAAAAGACUCCAAUUACAAAAGAAUCCUUGUGGAAAGAGAGCAUUCUAUUUCAAGGCCACUGGAGGUGCCCUUUCAAGACUUAUCUGUUGAACAGUUACAUAUGUAUUUCCAAACUUUUAUAGCAGAGAAACUACCAAGUUUAGAUUUGUGCGACAUUGGUCUUCUACCAGCUAAUUUUCAGUUAUAUAUGAUUUCUAUAAUCUGGUGGGUAAUGAAAUGUGAUGUACCUUUAUCUCAUGUCCACAGUUUGUUUGUAUGCUAUGUAAUGUUGGAAGUGAUUGAUGAGAGAACUGGAACUUUCCGAGGUCAUAAGCAGUUUGUACAGAAUUAUUCUAAAAAGAUAGAGGAGUUAAAAAAAGCUAAUCGCAAAUACAUAUCUGAUGACGGAGAUGAUUUUUUUUUAAACAAAUGUAAAGUACAAUAUGAAGAUUGCUUGAUAGCUGCCAAUGCAUUACUGAAACAUUUUGAUUUAGAUGAGAGUAUUCACAGGAGACCCAAAAGUUAUGAUGUUAAAAAAAUGCACAAUUUUGCUCAAUUCCAGUGUUGUUUAUUACAAUUCAACUCAUUGAACUGUGUCUGUCGAAACCCGUUCGAAAGUACAAAAUAUCAUAAAUGCUUCAAUGGCACAUUUGUCUAUAAUAUUGCAUUAAAGUUAGAAAAUCAAAAUGAUCCGUUGAAAUUUAUAGAACAAUAUUUGGGUGGUUCUUAUACUGUCAUUAAGUUUUAUAAGAGUAUGUGUGCAAUUUAUGCAAAAUGUAGUACUAAGAUGAGCUUAAUUAAUUCAAUAAAAACGAAAUACAAAAAACCAAGAAGAAGAAAAAAGAAAAUUGAAGAUAAUGAUGAUGAAAUAAUAAAUUCCUUUCUUGUGAAAGGUUUUGAGUCUGAAGUUAUUGUUGCCCACCUGUUAGACAUAGGACUUCCCUUUGAGAGGGUGGGCGUAUCGGAUUUUCCGCUCGACUUGGAGAGCCCGUUUGGGGAAGUAACCUCCACCUUACAGGAGUUCACUGAUAUGGAUUUUGAUGAAUCAUUGAUUUCCUUGAGGAUUCCUCAGUUAAACAAUUUGAUGAAAUUAAGGAAGAUAGAGGGUUGCCAGAUGGUCGGGAAUCGCAUAAAUCCUCCCGAAAUAAGUAUUAUCCAAUCUGCCGACUCCCGGGCAAGAACGAAAUCUCCCGUCAAAGAACAUGACAAUACACAAGUUAUUUGUAAAUGGUUUACGAGACGUGGGCUCAUCCUGCAAACAGUAUACUUCUUCGUGGCACUCCUGAAUGAUUUGGUGGGAUCUAGUGAAGCUUCGCCCCGGAAGCCACCACUCAUAAGGCUCUUGAAAGAUACCCUUUUUGGCCUGGCGUUCACAAUGGCUGUUUACGUCGCCGGUAGCUUCUGGAGCAUCUACCACUUCGACAAAGAGCUCAUAUUCCCGGAGAGGAUCGCUAAACUCUUCCCUACAUGGUUAAAUCACUCGAUGCACACUGUUGUAGCGUUGUCUAUACUUCUAGAGUUGCUAUUGACCAAUAAAACUUACCCACCGAGGAAAGUAGGGGUCACCGUAGCCCUAACAUUUUUUGUCAGCUAUUUAGUUUGGAUGCAUAUUCUUUAUGAACGCAUGGGCGCGUGGCCUUACCCAAUAUUUAGUGUACUCAACCUACCAGCCAGAAUAGUGUUUUUCAUUGCCAGCAUAGCGAUAGGUUUGAGUUUCUAUGUUUUAGGUGAAAAGUUGAAUUCAUUUGUUUGUCCCGCGGUGACACCUAAAAAGCAAAAGGAAGACCGAAAACAAAAGAUACGGUAA